AACAACACCAAAACCCUUCUUCCGUCGGAGUGUUUCUGAUUCUCCCACACGCUGAAUGGCCUCUCACUGCCACUGUCACCACCACCACCAUCACCAAGCUCCUCCUCCUCCUCCAACCACCACCCAAUGCUGCUGCUACCACAACCCUCCUAAUACCUGUUGCACAACCCCACCACCCCAACACCACCUUCUGCACCCCGUUGCAUCACACCUCUCUCAGCCCCAACCUCACCCUGUUCUUCCCUCCCAACAAAACUACACCAAAUCUCACAUUCACCACAACCUUAACCUCCCCACCCAUAACCACCACCUUCAACACCAACACCAAACCCAUUCAGCCAUCUCGUCUCUCCUUCACCGCAUCGAAUCCCUCGAGUCCUCUCUCAACCAAUACACCCGCCACUCCCUUCGCCACACCGCGGCCACCGUCAUCCAAACCCAUUUUCGCUCCUUCCUUGUUCGCAGAUCAAGAACCCUAACCCAGCUCAAACACCUCGCAUCCAUCAAAUCCACAUUCAACGCUCUCAAAUCCUCUUGUUCCAGCCAUGGUCAUGUCGAUUUCGCAGCCCUUUCUCUCAAAGCCAUGAACUUGCUCCUCGAACUCGAUUCUAUUGAGGGUUGUGAUCUGAUGAUUGUAGAUGGGAAAAGGUCGAUCAGCAGAGAUUUGGUUCGGUUUUUGGACUCAAUAGAAGAGGUUGCUUUGAGAAAGCACGUGCUUUAUGUUAAAGAAGCAAGAAAUGCGAGGUCUGGUAAGAAAGUUCAAACAUCAAGAAAUGCAGGUGAUGACGAAAGGAGGAAGCUGCUGCAUAAUUUGAGGGAUAGGGUUGAAAAACUUAGUAGACUAUGUAAGAUUUCUGCCAAUGAUGAAGAAGAUUCUGAGUCUGAGGAGGGCAUUCAUGAUGAUGGGGUGACGAGUGUUUUGAUCGGUGGAAGUAGGGACAAAAAUGGCAUCUUCCUUGGUAAGCAAGGAGUUCAACCUGGAGUGAAGAAGAGUGUGAGGUUUGCUGAGAAUGGGAAUAUAUAUGAGGUUUAUAGCAGGGAUGUAAGAUGUUCCGAUGGAAGUUGUUCAUCUAGUGAUGAGCAAGGAGAGGUUUUGGAUAAUGUGAGCGGUGCAGUUGAAGAUGAUGGUGUAAAUUUUUAUCAGGGUGCUGAUGAGGAGGAGGAAGUGUUGGUGUUGGAGAGUGGAGUAAGUGAUGAUGGUGAGAGGAGCAGUAGAAGGGUUGUGGAAAAUGAAGGAAGAAAUGCGGAGAAAGAGCAGCUUCAUGCGCACCAAGAAAAGCUCCUGUUUUCUGCUCCUUUGCCACUUAAGAUGGAAAACAGAAAUGGUGUGAAGAAGAGUAAAGGUGUGAAAAUUUUGACAUGAAUGGCCAUGACAUGUAUCGUGUAAGACUGAGUAUUCGUACUAUUUGUAUUGUUUGAUUGUAAUGUAGGAGUUUUUUUUUCAUUGGAUUUCAGAUUGGAGGAGCUCAUUUGUGUGUCUAACAGAUCGCUGGUUCUGUAAUGCAGUUGAAAUGUUCAACUUCAUUUGUUGUUUACUGUAAGAAUGAUUAGCACAUUUUGGAUUUUUUUUUA